AUGCCUGGCGUCAACUCGAUCAGGCUCUUGACGGGAAACAGUCACCCCGAGCUUGCUCAGCAGGUGGCCGAUCGUCUCGGUAUCCCGUUGACCCCUUGUGUCUGCAAAAAGUUCGCGGAUCAGUCCAUCGACGUCCGCAUCGGUAGCUCAGUCCGAGAUGAAGACGUCUACGUCCUUCAGACGGCCAACUCGCCGUACACCGACCCCAAUGACUCGUUGAUGGAGCUUCUCAUUAUCCUCUCGGCCUGCAAAACCGCGUCAGCGCGCCGCAUCACGGCCGUCAUUCCGUCGUUCCCCUACUCGCGUCACGACAAGAAGGACAAGAGCCGUGCUCCCAUCACUGCCAAACUUGUAGCCAACAUGAUCACCGUCGCUGGCGCGGACCACGUCAUCACCAUGGACCUUCACGCCAGUCAGAUUCAAGGCUUCUUCGACAUCCCCGUUGACAACCUCACCAGCGAGCCGAGUGUAGCUCGAUGGAUCCGCUCCAAGGUGGAAGACUGGAGGAACGCCAUCAUUGUCAGUCCCGAUGCAGGUGGUGCCAAGCGUGCCACGGCACUCGCCGAUUCGUUGGGUGUCGACUUUGCCCUCAUCAACCGCAACCGUCGACGUGAACAGCACAAGCGUAUCCGCGCCGCACAAAAGACCGCGCUUGGCCUCUCGAGCCGAUCCUCGUUCGACGACCUCCGUUCCGGCGUCAGCACGCCCAUGUCGAGCUCCUACCUCCUCGAAGGAACCGGUCUCAACUCCAAGGCCACCGUCGGUCAAGCCACCGACAAGCUCAACGCCCUCAGCGUCUCUGCAGAGUCUCAGUCCUCCACCUCUACGCUCCAGUCCAACAGCUCAAAACACGUCUACAGCGAGGUGGCCAACGGUAUCAAGUGUGACGAGACUGGCGAGUGGAUCAUGACCGAUGAGCAGGGUCACCUGGUUCGCAGUGGACGAUCCAAACGCGACAUCGCCGGUGCGUCUGGCACCUCAGCGGAAGAUGAUUCGGAAGACGAGAACUCUUCCCGCAUGGAGAUUCUCGUCGGAGACGUCAAAGGCAAAGUCGCCAUCUUGGUCGACGAUAUGGUGGAUACGGGUCGAACCCUGGCUCUGGCCGCAAAGACGUUGGAAGCCGCAGGUGCGGCGAAAGUGUACGCCAUCAUCACGCACGGCUUGCUCAGUGGACAGUCGAUCGAAUUGCUCAAGAAGCUCAGCUUGGAACGUCUCGUGGUGACGAACACCAUUGCAAAUACGGAGAAGGCCAAGGCGAGCGAAGGCAAGCUCGAGAUCAUGGACGUGUCCGCAGUGAUCGGUGAGACGAUUCGAAGGUCGCAUCACGGCGAAUCGAUCUCUCAGCUCUUUAGACAGGAUGCUGAGAUCAUGUUCUGA